GAUGUGUUUCCAGUGAAUAUUACAUGUUAAAAGAACGAUAAAAGGAUGGCUAAUUGUUUUCUGUAACAAUAAUGAGAAAGUAUACAUAAACCAAGUAGUUUCCACUUGGUGGAAGCAAUUACAAAAAUAAUUUUUAUCUGUUUUGCUGAUAGAGCAGAUUCAUUAAAAUAUUUAGUAUUGUGUGAAUAAGAGACAGAGAAGAGGGAAAUAAAAAGAUUCAAAGGCAUUCAUUGAGUAAUGCAAAAAUUCUCAUAUGUAGAGACAUUUUACCCAGCAGGAACUUAAGUCCAUGUGUGAGGCAGGCUGCUUGCAUGGUGAAAAACAAAACAACACCGCCCCCUCCCCUGCUCUCUGUCUGCCUCACCCCCCUCACUCCAUUGACAUGCAUAGCUGGCCUGGUAGGUGUAAAAAUAGACUGGCAGCGCCUGCACUGGAAAUGGUCACUGAAUGCAGCCUGCAGUUGCCGGGGGUUUUGAGUUCUCUCUGACACCAGCAAGCCAGCUAGCAGAUGGGGAGAACUGGUGAGGGGCGUGGAAGGGAACUGAGCAGAGGAGCCAAGGAUCAUCUUGAUGAAUUGCCCACAUUAGUGUACCCCUGGGAGCCCUGGACAGAGUGCAGAGGGCAAGGACGGGCCCACUGACAGCAGGAACUGUAGAGCUGAGAUGGGGAAUGCAGCCCUCUGCUCUUCUUGCCAUGCGGAUAAGAGCAUAAGAGCACAAGGAAACAUGCAGGAACUGGAUAAAACCCCAGACUACUAUGGCUGUAACAGUGAGGACGUCAAAGAACCUGGAGUGUGGUCUGACAGCAAUGCAAGCUUCCUCCGUGCUGCCAGAGCAGGCAACCUGGACAAAGUCGUGGAAUAUCUGAAGGGGGGCAUAGACAUCAAUACCUGCAAUCAGAAUGGACUCAACGCUCUCCAUCUGGCUGCCAAGGAAGGCCACGUGGGGCUGGUGCAGGAGCUGCUGGGAAGAGGGUCCUCUGUGGAUUCUGCCACUAAGAAGGGAAAUACUGCUCUUCACAUUGCAUCUUUGGCUGGACAAGCAGAAGUUGUCAAAGUUCUUGUUAAGGAAGGAGCCAAUAUUAAUGCACAGUCUCAGAAUGGCUUUACUCCUUUAUACAUGGCUGCCCAAGAGAAUCACAUUGAUGUUGUAAAAUAUUUGCUGGAAAAUGGAGCUAAUCAGAGCACUGCUACAGAGGAUGGCUUUACUCCUCUAGCUGUGGCACUCCAGCAAGGACACAACCAGGCGGUGGCCAUCCUCUUGGAGAAUGACACCAAAGGGAAAGUGAGGCUGCCAGCUCUGCAUAUUGCCGCUAGGAAAGACGACACCAAAUCUGCCGCACUUCUGCUUCAGAAUGACCACAAUGCUGACGUACAAUCCAAGAUGAUGGUGAAUAGGACAACUGAGAGUGGUUUUACCCCUUUGCACAUAGCUGCACAUUACGGAAAUGUCAACGUGGCAACUCUUCUUCUAAACCGGGGAGCUGCUGUGGACUUCACAGCCAGGAAUGGAAUCACUCCUCUGCAUGUGGCUUCCAAAAGAGGAAAUACAAACAUGGUGAAGCUCUUACUGGAUCGAGGCGGUCAGAUCGAUGCCAAAACUAGGGAUGGGUUGACACCACUUCACUGUGCUGCACGAAGUGGGCAUGACCAAGUGGUGGAACUUCUGUUGGAACGGGGUGCCCCCUUGCUGGCAAGGACUAAGAAUGGGCUGUCUCCACUACACAUGGCUGCCCAGGGAGACCACGUGGAAUGUGUGAAGCACCUGUUACAGCACAAGGCACCUGUUGAUGAUGUCACCCUAGACUACCUGACAGCCCUCCACGUUGCUGCGCACUGUGGCCACUACCGUGUAACCAAACUCCUUUUGGACAAGAGAGCCAAUCCGAACGCCAGAGCCCUGAAUGGUUUUACUCCACUGCACAUUGCCUGCAAGAAAAACCGCAUCAAAGUCAUGGAACUGCUGGUGAAAUAUGGGGCUUCAAUCCAAGCUAUAACAGAGUCUGGCCUCACACCAAUACAUGUGGCUGCCUUCAUGGGCCACUUGAACAUUGUCCUCCUUCUGCUGCAGAACGGAGCCUCUCCAGAUGUCACUAACAUUCGUGGUGAGACGGCACUACACAUGGCAGCCCGAGCCGGGCAGGUGGAAGUGGUCCGAUGCCUCCUGAGAAAUGGUGCCCUUGUUGAUGCCAGAGCCAGGGAGGAACAGACACCUUUACAUAUUGCCUCCCGCCUGGGUAAGACAGAAAUUGUCCAGCUGCUUCUACAACAUAUGGCUCAUCCAGAUGCGGCCACUACAAAUGGGUACACACCACUGCACAUCUCUGCCCGGGAGGGCCAGGUGGAUGUGGCAUCAGUCCUGUUGGAAGCAGGAGCAGCCCACUCCUUAGCUACCAAGAAGGGUUUUACUCCCCUGCAUGUAGCAGCCAAGUAUGGAAGCCUGGAUGUGGCAAAACUUCUCUUGCAACGCCGUGCUGCUGCAGAUUCUGCAGGGAAGAAUGGCCUUACCCCGCUCCAUGUUGCUGCUCAUUAUGACAACCAGAAGGUGGCGCUGCUGUUACUGGAGAAGGGUGCUUCCCCUCAUGCCACUGCCAAGAAUGGCUAUACUCCGUUACAUAUUGCUGCCAAGAAGAAUCAAAUGCAGAUAGCUUCCACACUCCUGAACUAUGGAGCAGAGACAAACAUUGUGACAAAGCAAGGAGUAACUCCACUCCAUCUGGCCUCGCAGGAGGGGCACACAGAUAUGGUUACCUUGCUUCUGGAUAAGGGAGCCAAUAUCCACAUGUCAACUAAGAGUGGACUCACAUCCUUACACCUUGCAGCCCAGGAAGAUAAAGUGAAUGUUGCUGAUAUUCUCACCAAGCAUGGAGCUGAUCAGGAUGCUCAUACAAAGCUUGGUUACACACCUUUAAUUGUGGCCUGUCACUAUGGAAAUGUGAAAAUGGUCAACUUUCUUCUGAAGCAGGGAGCAAAUGUUAACGCAAAAACCAAGAACGGCUACACGCCUUUGCACCAGGCCGCGCAGCAGGGUCACACGCACAUCAUCAACGUCCUGCUCCAGCAUGGGGCCAAGCCCAACGCCACUACCGCGAAUGGCAACACUGCCUUGGCGAUUGCUAAGCGUCUGGGCUACAUCUCCGUGGUCGACACCCUGAAGGUUGUGACUGAGGAGGUCACCACCACCACCACAACUAUUACAGAAAAACAUAAACUAAAUGUUCCUGAGACGAUGACUGAGGUUCUUGAUGUUUCUGAUGAAGAGGGUGAUGACACAAUGACUGGUGAUGGGGGAGAAUACCUUAGGCCUGAGGACCUAAAAGAACUGGGUGAUGACUCACUACCCAGCAGUCAGUUCCUGGAUGGUAUGAAUUACCUGCGAUACAGCUUGGAGGGAGGACGAUCUGACAGCCUUCGAUCCUUCAGUUCCGACAGGUCUCACACUCUGAGCCAUGCCUCCUACCUGAGGGACAGUGCUGUGAUGGAUGACUCAGUUGUGAUUCCCAGUCACCAGGUGUCAACUCUAGCCAAGGAGGCAGAAAGGAAUUCUUAUCGCCUAAGCUGGGGCACUGAGAACUUAGACAACGUGGCUCUUUCUUCUAGUCCUAUUCAUUCAGGCCGUGCCUCUCCAUGUCUUGAACGUGACAACAGCAGUUUCCUGGUUAGUUUUAUGGUGGAUGCCCGAGGUGGUGCUAUGCGAGGAUGCAGACACAAUGGGCUCCGAAUCAUUAUUCCACCUCGGAAAUGUACUGCUCCAACGCGAGUCACCUGCCGACUGGUCAAGCGCCACAGACUGGCAACAAUGCCUCCAAUGGUGGAAGGAGAAGGCCUGGCCAGUCGCCUGAUCGAAGUUGGACCUUCUGGUGCUCAGUUCCUUGGUAAACUUCACCUGCCAACGGCUCCUCCCCCACUUAAUGAGGGAGAAAGUUUGGUCAGCCGCAUUCUUCAGCUGGGGCCUCCUGGAACCAAAUUCCUUGGGCCUGUGAUCGUGGAGAUCCCUCACUUUGCGGCCCUUCGAGGAAAGGAAAGGGAACUGGUGGUCCUGCGCAGUGAGAAUGGGGACAGCUGGAAAGAGCAUUUCUGCGACUACACUGAAGAUGAAUUGAAUGAAAUUCUUAACGGCAUGGAUGAAGUACUGGAUAGCCCAGAAGACCUAGAAAAGAAACGAAUCUGCCGCAUCAUCACCCGAGACUUCCCACAGUACUUUGCAGUGGUGUCUCGUAUCAAACAGGACAGCAAUCUGAUUGGCCCAGAAGGAGGUGUGCUGAGCAGCACAGUGGUGCCCCAGGUGCAGGCCGUCUUCCCAGAGGGGGCACUCACCAAGCGGAUCCGCGUAGGCCUGCAGGCUCAACCUAUGCACAGUGAGCUGGUUAAGAAGAUCCUAGGCAACAAAGCUACCUUCAGCCCUAUAGUCACUUUGGAACCUAGAAGAAGAAAAUUCCACAAACCAAUUACCAUGACCAUUCCUGUCCCCAAAGCUUCAAGUGAUGUCAUGUUGAAUGGUUUUGGGGGAGAUGCACCAACCUUAAGAUUACUAUGCAGCAUAACAGGUGGAACCACCCCUGCCCAGUGGGAAGAUAUUACAGGAACUACGCCAUUAACAUUUGUCAAUGAAUGUGUUUCCUUUACAACAAACGUGUCUGCCAGGUUCUGGCUGAUAGAUUGUCGACAGAUCCAGGAAUCCGUUACUUUUGCAUCACAAGUAUACAGAGAAAUUAUCUGCGUACCUUAUAUGGCCAAAUUUGUAGUGUUUGCCAAAUCACAUGACCCCAUUGAAGCCAGGUUGAGGUGUUUCUGCAUGACUGAUGAUAAAGUGGAUAAGACCCUUGAACAACAAGAAAAUUUUGCUGAGGUGGCCAGAAGCAGGGAUGUGGAGGUGUUAGAAGGAAAACCCAUCUACGUUGAUUGUUUCGGCAACUUGGUACCAUUAACUAAAAGUGGCCAGCAUCACAUAUUCAGUUUUUUUGCCUUCAAAGAAAAUAGACUUCCUCUAUUUGUCAAGGUACGCGAUACGACUCAGGAACCUUGUGGACGACUAUCAUUCAUGAAGGAGCCAAAAUCCACGAGAGGCCUGGUGCAUCAAGCUAUUUGCAACUUAAACAUCACUUUGCCGAUUUAUACAAAGGAAUCAGAGUCAGAUCAAGAACAGGAGGAAGAGAUCGAUAUGACAUCAGAAAAAAAUGAUGAGACAGAAUCUACAGAAACAUCUGUCCUGAAAAGUCACCUGAUUAAUGAAGUUCCUGUCCUAGCAAGUCCGGACUUGCUCUCUGAAGUUUCUGAGAUGAAACAAGAUUUGAUCAAAAUGACCGCCAUCUUGACCACAGAUGUGUCUGAUAAGGCAGGUUCUAUUAAAGUGAAGGAGCUGGUGAAGGCUGCUGAGGAAGAGCCAGGAGAGCCUUUUGAAAUCGUUGAAAGAGUUAAAGAGGACUUAGAGAAAGUGAAUGAAAUCCUGAGAAGUGGAACCUGCACAAGAGAUGAAAGCAGUGUGCAGAGCUCUCGGUCUGAGAGAGGAUUAGUUGAAGAGGAAUGGGUUAUUGUCAGUGUUGAGGAAAUAGAAGAGGCUAGGCAAAAAGCACCUUUAGAAAUCACUGAAUAUCCAUGUGUAGAAGUUAGAAUAGAUAAAGAGAUCAAAGGAAAAGUAGAGAAAGACUCAACUGGGCUAGUGAACUACCUUACUGAUGAUCUGAAUACUUAUGUGCCUCUUCCCAAAGAGCAGCUACAGACAGUUCAAGAUAAGGCAGGGAAGAAAUGUGAGGCUCUGGCUGUUGGCAGGAGUUCUGAAAAGGAAGGGAAAGACAUACCCCCAGGUGAGACACAGAGUACACAGAAACAGCACAAACCAAGCUUGGGAAUAAAGAAGCCAGUAAGAAGGAAAUUAAAAGAAAAGCAGAAACAAAAAGAGGAAGGUUUACAAGCUAGUGCAGAGAAAGCUGAACUUAAAAAAGGUAGUUCAGAAGAGUCAUUAGAUGAAGACCCAGGUUUAGCCCCUGAACCCCUUCCCACUGUCAAGGCCACAUCUCCUUUGAUAGAAGAAACUCCCAUUGGUUCCAUAAAGGACAAAGUAAAGGCCCUUCAGAAGCGAGUGGAAGAUGAACAGAAAGGUCGAAGCAAGUUGCCCAUCAGAGUCAAAGGCAAGGAGGACGUGCCAAAAAAGACCACCCACAGGACACAUCCAGCUGCGUCACCCUCUCUGAAGUCAGAGAGACAUGCGCCAGGGUCUCCCUCCCCUAAAACAGAAAGACACUCUACUCUUUCCUCUUCUGCAAAAACUGAAAGGCACCCUCCAGUAUCACCAUCAAGUAAAACUGAGAAACACUCACCUGUGUCACCCUCUGCAAAAACGGAAAGACAUUCACCUGCGUCAUCAUCGAGUAAAACUGAGAAACACUCACCUGUAUCACCCUCGACAAAAACUGAAAGGCACUCUCCUGUGUCAUCUACAAAAACAGAAAGACACCCACCUGUUUCGCCUUCAGGCAAAACAGACAAACGUCCACCUGUAUCGCCCUCCGGGAGGACAGAAAAACACCCGCCAGUAUCGCCUGGGAGAACAGAAAAACGCUUGCCUGUUUCACCCUCCGGAAGAACGGACAAGCACCAACCUGUAUCAACAGCUGGGAAAACUGAGAAGCACCUGCCCGUGUCACCUUCUGGCAAAACAGAAAAGCAACCACCUGUAUCCCCCACUUCAAAAACAGAGAGGAUCGAGGAAACCAUGUCUGUUCGGGAGCUGAUGAAGGCUUUCCAGUCAGGUCAGGACCCUUCUAAACAUAAAACUGGACUCUUUGAGCACAAAUCAGCAAAACAAAAGCAGCCACAAGAGAAAGGUAAAGUUCGGGUAGAAAAAGAAAAGGGGCCGAUACUAACCCAGAGAGAAGCUCAGAAAACAGAGAAUCAGACAAUCAAACGAGGCCAGAGACUCCCGGUAAUGGGCACAGCAGAAUCCAAAAGAGGAGUUCGUGUUUCCUCCAUAGGAGUUAAGAAAGAAGAUGCAGCUGGAGGAAAGGAGAAAGUUCUCAGCCACAAAAUACCUGAACCUAUUCAGUCAGUGCCUGAAGAAGAAAGCCACAGAGAGAGCGAAGUCCCCAAAGAAAAGAUGGCUGAUGAGCAGGGAGACAUGGAUCUACAGAUCAGCCCGGAUAGGAAAACCUCCACUGACUUCUCUGAGGUCAUUAAGCAAGAGUUGGAAGACAAUGACAAAUACCAACAAUUCCGCCUGAGUGAGGAGACAGAAAAGGCACAGCUUCACUUAGACCAAGUACUCACUAGUCCUUUCAACACAACAUUUCCACUCGACUACAUGAAAGAUGAGUUCCUUCCAGCUCUGUCUUUACCAAGCGGUGCUUUAGAUGGCAGUUCUGAAAGCCUAAAGAAUGUGGGGGUAGCCGGCUCUCCGUGUGGCAGCCUGAUGGAGGGGACCCCUCAGAUUAGUUCAGAAGAAAGCUAUAAGCAUGAAGGCCUAGCAGAGACCCCUGAGACGAGCCCAGAAAGCCUUUCUUUCUCACCAAAGAAAAGUGAGGAGCAAACUGGGGAAACAAAGGAAAGCACCAAGACAGAAACCACCACAGAAAUUCAUUCAGAAAAAGAGCAUCCCACGACCAAAGACAUUACUGGUGGCUCUGAAGAGCGAGGUGCCACAGUCACUGAAGACUCAGAGACCUCUACUGAGAGUUUUCAGAAAGAGGCCACUCUAGGCUCUCCCAAAGACACAAGCCCUAAAAGAGAAGAUGAUUGCACAGGCAGCUGUAGUGUAGCAUUAGCUAAAGAGACACCUACAGGACUGACUGAGGAGGCAGCCUGUGAUGAAGGUCAACGUACCUUUGGUAGUUCAGCCCACAAGACACAAACUGAUAGUGAGGCUCAGGAAUCUACAGCUACCUCAGACGAGACAAAGGCCUUGCCGCUGCCUGAGGCUUCUGUAAAGACAGAUACAGGAACUGAAUCAAAACCUCAGGGAGCCAUUAGAAGUCCCCAAGGGUUAGAACUUGCACUUCCUAGCCGAGAUAGCGAAGUCCUCAGCGCUGUGGCUGAUGACUCAUUAGCAGUGAGCCACAAAGACUCUCUGGAAGCCAGCCCUGUGCUAGAAGAUAACUCUUCACACAAAACCCCUGAUUCUCUGGAGCCAAGUCCUCUGAAAGAAUCCCCUUGCCGUGACUCUCUGGAAAGCAGCCCUGUUGAACCAAAGAUGAAGGCUGGAAUUUUUCCAAGUCACUUUCCUCUUCCUGCAGCUGUUGCCAAAACAGAACUCUUGACGGAAGUGGCCUCUGUGCGGUCCCGGCUACUCCGAGACCCUGAUGGCAGUGCUGAGGAUGACAGUCUUGAGCAGACAUCGCUCAUGGAGAGCUCAGGGAAGAGCCCCCUUUCUCCUGACACCCCCAGCUCUGAAGAAGUCAGCUAUGAGGUUACACCCAAAACCACAGAUGUAAGUACACCAAAACCAGCUGUGAUUCAUGAAUGUGCAGAGGAGGAUGAUUCAGAAAACGGGGAGAAAAAGAGGUUCACACCUGAAGAGGAGAUGUUUAAAAUGGUAACCAAAAUCAAAAUGUUUGAUGAACUUGAACAAGAAGCAAAGCAGAAAAGGGACUACAAAAAAGAACCCAAACAAGAAGAAUCUUCUUCAUCUUCUGACCCAGAUGCUGACUGUUCAGUAGAUGUGGAUGAACCAAAACAUACAGGCAGUGGGGAGGAUGAAGGUGGUGUCCCUGUGUUAGUAACUUCGGAGAGCAGGGAGGUGUCUUCCUCCUCAGAAAGUGAACCUGAGUUGGCACAGCUUAAAAAAGGUGCUGACUCAGGCCUUUUACCAGAACCAGUGAUUCAAGUACAACCUCCUUCUCCACUUCCAUCAAGCAUGGACUCCAAUUCCAGUCCAGAAGAAGUACAAUUCCAGCCUGUCGUUUCCAAACAAUAUACUUUCAAGAUGAAUGAAGAUACUCAGGAAGAGCCAGGUAAAUCAGAAGAAGAAAAAGAUUCUGAAUCCCAUUUAGCUGAAGACAGUCAUGCUGUUUCCACUGAGGCUGAAGACAGGUCUUAUGAUAAGCUAAACAGAGACACUGAUCAGCCAAAAAUCUGUGAUGGCCAUGGAUGUGAGGCCAUGAGUCCUAGCAGCUCAGCCGCUCCUGUCUCUUCAGGUCUACAGAGUCCGACUGGUGAUGAUGUUGAUGAACAGCCAGUCAUCUAUAAAGAAUCAUUAGCUCUCCAAGGCACUCAUGAAAAAGACACAGAAGGAGAAGAGCUUGAUGUUUCUAGAGCAGAAUCUCCACAAGCAGAUUGCCCCAGUGAAAGCUUUUCAUCUUCAUCCUCUUUGCCUCAUUGUUCGGUAUCUGAAGGAAAAGAAUUAGAUGAAGACAUAUCUGCCACAUCUUCUAUUCAAAAAACAGAGGUCACAAAAACUGAUGAAACAUUUGAGACCUUACCAAAGGACUGCCCCUCUCAAGACUCAUCCAUUACUACUCAAACAGAUAGAUUUUCCAUGGAUGUUCCCGUGUCUGACCUAGCUGAGACUGAUGAAAUCUAUGAUCCACAAAUCACUAGCCCUUAUGAAAAUGUCCCUUCCCAAUCUUUUUUCUCUAGUGAAGAAAGCAAAACCCAAACAGAUGCAAAUCACACCACAAGUUUUCACUCUUCUGAAGUGUAUUCUGUUACCAUCACAUCCCCUGUUGAAGAUGUUGUAGUGGCAAGCUCCUCUAGUGGAACUGUUUUAAGCAAAGAAUCUAAUUUUGAGGGCCAGGACAUAAAAAUGGAAUCCCAACAGGAAAGUACCUUGUGGGAAAUGCAAUCAGACAGUGUCUCUUCAUCUUUCGAGCCUACUAUGUCCGCUACAACAGCAGUUGUUGGUGAACAAAUAAGCAAAGUCAUCAUCACAAAAACUGAUGUGGAUUCUGAUUCUUGGAGUGAAAUUCGGGAAGACGAUGAAGCCUUUGAGGCUCGUGUGAAAGAGGAAGAACAAAAGAUAUUUGGUUUGAUGGUAGACAGACAAUCACAGGGUACCACCCCUGACACCACUCCUGCUAGGACCCCAACUGAAGAGGGGACCCCAACAAGUGAGCAAAACCCAUUUCUGUUUCAGGAAGGAAAAUUGUUUGAAAUGACCCGAAGUGGUGCCAUUGAUAUGACCAAAAGGUCCUAUGCAGAUGAAAGUUUUCACUUUUUCCAAAUUGGUCAAGAAUCCAGGGAAGAGACUCUCUCUGAAGAUGUGAAAGAAGGGGCUACUGGGGCUGAGCCCCUACCGCUGGAGACAUCGGCUGAAUCACUAGCACUUUCAGAAUCAAAAGAAACAGUGGAUGAUAAGGCAGACUUACUUCCAGAUGACCUCAGUGAGGAAGUAGAGGAAAUACCUGCUUCGGAUGCUCAACUUAACUCCCAAAUGGGGAUUUCAGCCUCCACUGAAACACCUACAAAAGAGGCUGUUAGUGUAGGGACCAAGGACCUCCCCACCGUGCAAACGGGUGAUAUACCUCCUCUGUCUGGUGUAAAGCAGAUAUCCUGCCCUGACUCUUCUGAACCAGCUGUACAAGUCCAGUUAGAUUUUUCCACACUCACCAGGUCUGUUUAUUCAGAUAGGGGUGAUGAUUCUCCUGAUUCUUCCCCAGAAGAACAGAAAUCAGUAAUCGAAAUUCCUACUGCACCCAUGGAGAAUGUGCCUUCUACUGAAAGCAAAUCCAAAAUUCCUGUAAGGACUAUGCCCACUUCCACCCCAGCACCUCCAUCUGCAGAGUAUGAGAGUUCACUUUCUGAAGAUUUUCUAUCCAGUGUAGAUGAGGAAAAUAAGGAGGAUGAAGCAAAACCAAAGUCCAAACUCCCUGUCAAAGUACCCCUCCAAAGAGUUGAACAGCAGCUCUCAGAUCUAGACACCUCUGUCCAGAAGACAGUGGCUCCUCAGGGACAGGACAUGACAAGCAUCGCACCAGAUAAUAGAAGCAAAUCUGAAUCUGAUGCUAGUUCUUUGGACUCAAAGACCAAAUGCCCAGUAAAAACCCGAAGUUACACUGAGACAGAAACAGAGAGCAGAGAGAGGGCCGAGGAACUUGAGUUAGAAUCAGAAGAAGGGGCCACAAGACCAAAGAUACUUACAUCCCGAUUGCCAGUUAAGAGCAGAAGCACUACAUCUUCCUGCAGGGGGGGCACGAGCCCCACAAAAGAAAGUAAGGAGCAUUUCUUUGACCUUUACAGAAAUUCCAUAGAAUUCUUUGAGGAGAUUAGUGAUGAGGCUUCCAAGUUAGUGGAUAGGCUGACACAGUCAGAGAGGGAGCAGGAAAUAGUUUCAGACGAUGAAAGUAGUAGUGCCCUGGAAGUAUCAGUAAUUGAAAAUCUGCCACCUGUUGAGACCGAGCACUCAGUUCCUGAGGACAUCUUUGACACAAGGCCCAUUUGGGAUGAGUCUAUUGAGACUCUGAUUGAACGCAUCCCUGAUGAAAAUGGCCAUGACCAUGCUGAAGAUCCACAGGAUGAGCAGGAACGGAUCGAGGAAAGGCUGGCUUAUAUUGCUGAUCACCUUGGCUUCAGCUGGACAGAAUUAGCAAGAGAACUGGAUUUCACUGAGGAGCAAAUUCAUCAAAUUCGAAUUGAAAAUCCCAACUCUCUUCAAGACCAGAGUCAUGCACUGUUGAAGUACUGGCUAGAGAGGGAUGGGAAACAUGCUACAGAUACCAACCUCGUUGAAUGUCUCACCAAGAUCAACCGAAUGGAUAUUGUUCAUCUCAUGGAGACCAACACAGAACCCCUCCAGGAGCGCAUCAGUCAUAGUUAUGCAGAAAUUGAACAGACCAUUACACUGGAUCAUAGUGAAGGGUUCUCGGUACUUCAAGAGGAGUUAUGCACUGCACAGCACAAGCAGAAAGAGGAGCAAGCUGUUUCUAAAGAAAGCGAGACCUGCGAUCACCCUCCUAUCGUCUCAGAGGAAGACAUUUCUGUUGGUUAUUCCACUUUUCAGGAUGGCGUCCCCAAAACUGAGGGGGACAGCUCAGCAACAGCACUCUUUCCCCAAACUCACAAGGAUGAAGUUCAACAGGAUUUCUCAGGGAAAAUGCAAGACCUGCCUGAAGAGUCAUCUCUGGAAUAUCAGCAGGAAUAUUUUGUGACAACUCCAGGAACAGAAGCGUCAGAGACUCAGAAGGCUAUGAUAGUACCCAGCUCUCCCAGCAAGACACCUGAGGAAGUUAGCACCCCUGCAGAGGAGGAGAAGCUGUACCUCCAGACCCCAACAUCCAGCGAGCGGGGAGGCUCUCCCAUCAUACAAGAACCUGAAGAGCCCUCAGAGCACAGAGAGGAGAGCUCUCCGCGGAAAACCAGCCUCGUAAUAGUGGAGUCUGCUGAUAACCAGCCCGAGACCUGUGAAAGACUCGAUGAAGAUGCAGCUUUUGAAAAGGAGCUAACAGAGGAAUUAGGGGAGCUGGAGGCCAGCUCAGAUGAGGAGGCGAUGGUAACUACCAGGGUUGUCCGCCGGCGAGUGAUUAUUCAGGGAGACGAUAUGCCUGAAAUACCCCCAGAAACAGUCACAGAAGAAGAAUACAUUGAUGAGCACGGACACACCGUGGUAAAGAAGGUUACUAGGAAAAUCAUUAGGCGGUAUGUAUCCUCCGAAGGCGCAGAGAAAGAAGAGAUUAUGGUGCAGGGAAUGCCACAGGAACCUGUCAACAUCGAGGAAGGGGAUGGCUAUUCCAAAGUUAUAAAGCGUGUUGUAUUGAAGAGUGACACCGAGCAGUCAGAGGUCACUUUGUGUGAGCCCAGCGUUUUGUCCAGUACCUCACAAUUUCAGGCUGAGCCAGUGGAAGGCCGUAGAGUCAGCAAAGUUGUUAAAACAACUGUGGUACGUGGAGAGAGGAUGGAGAAACAUCUGGGGGAUUCUAGUUUAGCCACUGAUCUUCCUUCAGCCAAAGAUGACUUUGAAGAGGCUUUGAGUUACACAGGUAGCCACAUGAAAGUCCACUUACCCAGUUUAGUAGAGAAUGAAAUCCUGAAAGAGGAUGGAUCAAUAAUUAAAAGGACAACAAUGAGUAAAGCCAUCACACAGAAGAGGGCUGUGGUGAAGGACCAGCAUGGAAAACGCAUUGACUUGGAGCACCUGGAGGAUGUACCAGAAGCACUAGACCAGGACGACCUCCAGCGUGAUCUCCAGCAGCUCCUUCGGCAUUUCUGCAAGGAGGACUUGAAGCAAGAGGCCAAGUGAGGGGCUGCCCAGUUCUCACACCAGAAACCACACAUUCACUCAAUAUGCAGCUUCCUGUUUCAGUAGGGGAGUGACCUAACUGGCCUAAUUAAUGGGAUACCCCGACAUUUCCACUGUUAGCAAAUAUACGGCAUUUUGUUUUAGUUUUCCCCCAUCCUCUUUAACUAUAAAGCUAAUUUGUGACCAAAGAUGGCAUCCUUCAUACUGGAUGCUGUAUCCAAUACUUUGUUGUGUCUGUGCUAACCUGGGAACUGGCCACCUCCAUUGUUCUUUGCUUCUGCACAAGAUCCAUGAAAAUCCAUUGAUCAGAAGAACUUCACCUGCAGACCUCUUCAAGUGACACUAUGUAGGAAUCCUUCCAAGGAAUAUCUAUGUACAAUGUAUAUAGCUGAAAUGCUCAGAUGAACAACAUGUUAAAAUUAAAACCACUGCCUAUUGUAACUACACUGGGCAUCAGAAUAAAAGGCCUCUAGAAAUUGCUGAACAAUGGUUAAAUAAGAUAUUGCUAACACAAUCGAGUGAUAAUACAGUUUUACUGCAAAAGAAGCACUUCAAACCUAUUAUGUCCUUAGAACUUCCAGAGUAGCCACUGCUCCCAGUUAAAGGUGGGUCAAUAGCCUUGCAGAACUGUCCUGAGAAGUUAUUGCUGGUGCUGGCCAGCCAUGGCUUAGGACUCCAACAGCCACUCUGAGGGAGGGGAGAAGGGAGCAGAGGCCACGCAGAAUGAAACGAUGGGGUAUUCAGUUGCUAGCAGCUACAUUGUGUGGCAUUCUAGCAUCUUCAGGUCUUUAGAUCUUGGACAAGUUGGCAGGGUAUUUUAAAAGCUAUAACUACUGUAGUUUUCCAGUUUUCAUUGCUGCUUUAGCAAACCACGCUGUCUUACAGUGGUACUUUCUUCUGGCCACUGCACUGUAGAUAAUUCAUUGGAAACAAGAUUUACCCACUACAUAAAAGGUUAAACUCCUUCAGUAUGUUGGAGUGGUUUCUUUUUUUUUCUUUCUUUCUUUUUUUUUUUUUCAGGUUUAUAUCUUCUCUAAUACCUGCAUGUGGCGUUUAAAAAUCAAGACCACGGUCAAACCCCUCUUCUAAUCACAUUAAUUGUUUCCAUUCUUUUUACCCUGAGUGAGCACUUUUCACUUUCCAGCUAGGUCUGUUUUUCAGCUUGCAGACAAGAUUGAGAAAUCCUUGAAAAUUUGGUUUUGGUUAAAAUUUUUGGUUUAUUUAUUUGAAAUCCACACUCCCUUGGAAACUCUUAAGUGCAUUUGUGCACUUCUGUUUGUUUGUCUCAAAGAAGGGACUGUAACAAUCUGAGUAAUUUCCAUGUCCUCUUCCUUAUUCCUCUAGUGGUUGAAGCUGUGUAGCAUUUUAACAUAUAUAUAUUCACAAAUAUAUUCAUAUAAACAGUAUACAUUUUGAAUCAGUCAUUUGUUAAAGAAAAGUAUAUUCAAUGAAGAUGAAAUUUAAAUAAAAAAGGACAGAGUCUAUCCUCCAGGGAUUGAACAUUUUCCAAUUAUCUGGUCUUUUCCUGUUGUGCAAAAAUGACUCAUUGCUCCGAAUGUCAAAAACAAAUGCGACAAACAAUGGCACUUCAUCAUUUAAAGUAAUGUUGCCAAGAGAAAAAAUUUCCUGGGAGGGAGGUUUCCCACAAGCCAAAUCUCCUAAGCCUCAAAUGCUAGCACUUUUUGGCAGUUGGAUAGGAAAUGAAACAUUCUUUGGCAGCCAAAAUAAGAGAGGCCGAUGGUGAAACUUUUUGAGACACCCUAUGGCCUUCUUGUCAAAACCUUCACUGGAGCUCAAGAAAAGCAUUUCUGUUGUGUUAUUUGCAGUGCAGAUGAUGUCUGUGUAACAACAUAAUGGUUAUUCACCUUUUUUUGAUUUUGAUUUUUGCUGUGUUAUCAAAAACUUGAAUACUGUGAGAAGAAGUGAAUUUUCAGUUGACGAAUCAGCAUCUUGUUCCCAUGGUGAUAACACUAAUUGAAUAUAUCUAUGAGGGCAUGUAUUAGUUAAUGGAAAAAAAAUACAACACUAACAAUACAUAGCUGCAAUGUGUACAAUGGCUGAUUUAAUUAAAUAAAAUGUACAAGUGUUAAAUGUG